AUGGACUUAAUAUUCUUGUUUCUGUUUGCUGCCCAUGAAACAACUGCAACAGUUAUGACUUUGACCCUGAGGCUUCUAAAUGACCAUCCAAAUGUUAUGGCUGAACUAAAGAGAGAGCAUGAAAAAAUUCUUAAAAUGCGAGAAACUAAAGAUUCUCGUGUUUCAUGGAAAGAGUACAAGUCUAUGGCUUUCACGCACAUGGUUAUAAAUGAAGUAGUUAGGGUUAUAAAUGUUGCCCCUGGGAUUUUUCGCAAAGUUCUCAAGGAUGUUGAAAUAAAAGGGUAUACAAUUCCUGCUGGUUGGAAGAUAAUGGUUUGUCCAGCAUUAAUUCAUUUGGAUCCUAAUCGAUACGACAACCCCUAUGAAUUUAACCCAUGGCGAUGGGAGGGCCAAGAAUUGCAUACGGGAUCAAAAAAUUUCAUGGCAUUUGGUGGAGGUGUGAGGCUUUGUGUUGGUGCUGACUUUGCAAAGUUGCAGAUGUCAAUUUUUCUGCAUUACAUGGCCACAAAAUAUACCUGGAGAGUUAUCGAUGAAGGAGACAAAAUCCGGAUACCUAUUGGUGUUCGUUUCCGCAAGGGAUUGCGUAUUGAGAUUUCGGAGAACGAAUAG